UUCAGUUCGGAACACUAACUAAAUUAAGGCUUCAGGCAACAAUUGGAAAUUAUGUCUGUAUGUAAAGCGUAAGUGUAAGCAAAGCCUAACGCUGAACAAUCAAUAUGUGCUGUUAAAGGUCAUUGGGCAUAUCUGACUGAUCUGUUUUGUGAAGAGUCGCGGACACGAACCAAACUUUCAUUAGAAUGAUUGUUUUGCGACAGAAUGUGGCAGAAUGUGGCAGACAAAGGCGUCGCGGCCGCAAUUCCUGCCCUCGUGGUGCAUAGUAAUUAUUCGAAAGAAGUCGCAGAAAUGUUCGCUGGAUAUGGAUAAUUUGAACCCAAAAAUCAUAAAGCUGCAAUAUGCCGUGCGAGGACCUCUUGUUAUCCGUGCUGGUGCAAUAGCAAAGGAGCUGGCAUCGGGAACUAGUAAGCCUUUCAAGCAGGUCAUCUUGGCAAACCUGGGAGAUGCACAGGCCAUGAGACAGCCACCUCUAACCUUCAUUAGACAGGUGGUCGCGUGUGCGUCUUAUCCCAAGCUCCUGGAGUCGAACUUGAUGCCAGAGGACGUGAAGCAGAGAGCGAAAGACAUAAUCAAAAGUUGCGCGUGAGUUUCGUGACGCAGGUCACGACAUCAUACACCGUGAAAUCUUUAUUUUCCCGAACUAAAAUCUGUUGUAUCUGUAACAUACAAUCGUUUUAACUCGUCGGUACCGUCAUUAUAGUACUCGUACAUUAUAGUACAAAACCGGUACUCGACGAGUUAAAAAGAUAUAAGUCGACACAUCGGGGGUAAAUAAUAUCAUUUUCACGGCGUAUAGUAGAAACUGUUGAGAAAUAGUAGAGUAGUGUACCCACACAUUUAAAAAGUCAUUAUCUUAAACCAACCGAAAAAUGUAUCACUAAAUAGUUCUCUCCAUAGGGUGUUACCACACCAAUAUCGAUCGAUCAUCGAAUGUCGAUCUACGGUAGAAUAGAUUAGUCAGCAGUUUCUA